GUCCGCGACGCUUUCGGAAGGUAGAUUCCUGGGGUCCUACCGAUUGUUACUCCCUGUCCCAGCCGCGCCGCUAUGGCUUCCGCCGGGGUGGCCGCGGGGCGACAGACCGAGGAUGCGUUACCGCCCCCGUCCGAGCCGCAGCUGCCUGAGACCAAGCCGCUGCCGCCUCCUCAGCCGCCGCCUCCCGUCGCUGCGCCCCAAACGCAGCCGUCGCCGGCACCGCGGCCUCAGUCACCCGCGGGCGUGAAGGAGGAGAACUACUCCUUUUUGCCUUUGGUGCACAACAUCAUCAAAUGCAUGGACAAGGACAGCCCAGAUGUCCACCAGGACCUGAAUGCCCUCAAAACCAAGUUCCAGGAGAUGCGGAAGCUCAUCAGCACCAUGCCGGGCAUCCACCUGAGCCCUGAGCAGCAGCAGCAGCAGCUGCACAGCCUCCGGGAGCAGGUCAGGACCAAGAACGAGCUCCUGCAGAAGUACAAGAGCCUCUGCAUGUUUGAGAUCCCCAAGGAGUAGAGGCCGCCAGUGUCCAGGACCCAGGGGAAGGCAGGGGAGGCAGCCGGCUUCCUUGCCCACAUUUCCUCUGGACUCCAGCUCUGAGCCCGGCCUCACCAGCCACAGGCUGUACAUACCCAUGUGGCUAAGGCAUGCUGACUUGAGCGUCUGCCACUGGAAGCCAGAGGAGUCCUGAGGCAGGGGGGAAGGGCUGCCCUGCACUGGGGAGGGGCCAUCUGCUGUGUGUCUGGGUCCCUCCUGCAGAUCUGAAGAGCACAGUAGGAAGGAGGCGGCUCCUUCUUGCUUCCUGCCCUCCCGCUCCUCCCACCUCCGAUACAAUCAGCAUGUACCAGGUACAUAUUGUUCCAGUUAGCAGCCGUUUGGUGAAACAUUUGCAUAGAAUUCACUGGACAAAUUAGGCCUGUACUCAUAUGGCAUGGAUUUAAUAUGAUUAAAGAAGACUGUGAGAGAAUGAGCCUUGUUCUCAAAGGCCAGAGGGUGGGUGGCUUUCUCUCCCCUCUCCAAAACAGUUUGGUUCCUUUUAUGUUUGAGCCAGUGAGYGGAGGUGUCCCCUCAGAGCCCCCCCACCCCAGGCUGCCCCUGACUCCAGGCUCCCUCUUCCUUUCCAUUUGGCUCUUGCUGCCAUGUCUUCUGUCACCUUCAGUUAGUGAUGGAGAAGAGCCAACUUUCCAUAGCCACAGUGCCUCCUCGGGGAUGGAGAGGGCCGGACCUUGGCUGGCAGGCUCAAAUAGAGUUUUAGAUCCCAGAGCAGAUCUCCCUGUGAUACCCAUUGCCCCAGCUCAGACCAUUAUUUCCCCUCUGGGCUUCUCACCACAGACAGCCCUGUUGGCUGUCCUGCAAACAAAAGGGUUCACAGUGCACUUUUUGUUGAGAAGGGGGCUCUUAGUGGCAAUUGGGAUGUCCCCUCAGCCAGGUGUGACAAGGGAGUUCGGGAUGGGUUCUGAUGGGAUGGGCGGGCUAGGUCUAGAAGUUACAAGGCCAAGUUCUAGUUCUUACAUGUUUAUAAACAGCCCUCACUCCCCCAGCUCCAUGAUUUUUUUCUGAUGGGACACUAUGUGUGCUCUCCCCUUCUCUGCAGGGGGUAUGACAGCAGUUCUUCCCCUGACUCUUAAGAGUGAGGUGAGAAGUAACUGAAUAUUGAUUGCAUCUAGAAAUGGGCACAUAAUCUGCUGACCAGCUCAGGGGCUUAGCAGGUGCCCGUUGACUGGCCUCAUUGGCAGACGUACUGGUUGGAGAUGUUUUCAGCAGGGGUUCUAGUGCUGUCAGCCUGCAGGCACCUGUCAGAAGAUGGCUGGCCUAUUGGGAACCUGGGACUGUGCAGAGGAGGAUAUCAGGUUUCAAAGACAGGCUUUGGCCAGAAGAGUAGGCUCUGAGUUUAAGUGGGUGGCCACCUAUUGCACCAGUUCUAUCUUGGGACUGUUAUUUAACUGCAUCAGUUAUUCUUAAAGUUUCAGAGUAGCAAGUGGGCCAGUUUUAAGGCUCUGACCAAAUACCUUGAAA